CAGUCUCACUCAGCGACACGGAUAAGUAAAGAGGCUGAGAGAGACACGCUCUGACAGGUUGUGGACCGGUGAAUAGGAACAAAACUCAAAGCUGGAUAUGGCUCGGUUGGAUGUUACAGAGAUGUUUCAUGGCAUUUCUUUUCCCGGACACCUGCAUACUCAGGAUUCUUUGCAAUUUGCUCUAAAAUUUCCAUUUCAGGACUCAGAUAUCCUCAUCGUCUCUUAUCCAAAGUCAGGUAAGUAAACGAAGACAAGCUGAUACAUGGUGACUGCAACUGUAAUACCAACCGAGUACCAUUACCACCUGUAUUUAGAUGGCUCAUUGCUUUGCAGUCUAAGUUGUUAAACUGCUUUAGUUAUUUUUUUUAUUAUUAUUUUUUUGUCUAAGUCACAUCACACAUGCUUUUUUAUCCUUUUGAACAGGCACCACAUGGAUGCAGGAAAUCGUAAGUCUCAUAUUCAGCAAAGGAGACCCCCAUCUGUCUCAGAAUGUCCCAAACUGGGCUCGGUGUCCAUGGCUUGAGCAAUAUUAUUUUUCUGAGGUAUUGGGGUCCUCCCCCAGAGCACCUCGAGUCAUCACCACACACCUGCCCUAUCACCUGCUGGGCCCCGCACUCGUCGGCUCCAAAGCCAGGGUCAGAUUAACAGAACUUUACAGAACUAUUCGACUCACAGACACAGACAUAAAUUCGGACUUGAUCAAUUUACAAGUUAACAAUAAGGUUUAUACACAGCAGUAGUAUAGUAGGGACUUUCUGAUGAUGUGCUGUUUCCUCUUACAGGUUAUUUAUGUGAGCAGAAACCCAAAAGACGUUGUAGUAUCCUUUUACCACUUCCACAAAAUGGCCAACUUCCUCCCUGAGGCUGGCUCGUUUCCAGAGUUUUUGAACAGAUUUCUGGAAGGCACAUGUGAGUUUGCAUCAGGAGAAAAACAUAUUUAUUUUGGUGUUAUUUUCAGGAUUUGAUGAAAGUACAGUGUACCUGAAUUUUGUCACAGUAUCCUAUGGCUCCUGGUUUGACCAUGUUGAAGGCUGGACCAGUCAGACAGCCUCUACAAACAACCUGCUGCAUAUCACCUAUGAAGAGAUGCUGCUGGUAAUGCUGAGCUUAAGUCUUAUUUUAAUUUUAUUCACAAGCUAUUUUCUCACAUUAUUAAGGAAGAAAAUUAAGCAUUGAACAACUUGGUUGAAAUGUUAUUUAUUUUUUUAUCUCAUUCAAAUAAAGUCUGCUUGCAUUGCUUUCAAAUGUCACAUCAUGCUUUGGUUACUUAUCUGGCAUCGGAUGGAGUCAUAGCCGUUCAUUCACAUGCAAUAGUCCAUGAAGAUGUUGCAGUCUUAAUACCAUGAGUAGAUCGAAUCACUUUCUAGAAUAAAAGAUGCAAUAAUAUGUUAUUUCAGGGACUGCAUGGAGCCAUAAAGAGGGUGAGCUCUUUCUUAAAGUGUCCUCUGCUAGAGGACGAAGUCAACAACUGUGUAAAACACAGCAGCUUCAACAGCAUGAAGCACAACAAGAUGGUCAACUACACCAUGGUUGCACAAGAGAUAAUGGACCAUAGUAAGGGGUCCUUCAUGAGGAAAGGUAGGAUUCUCUGUCUUAUAAGCACAAAGUCAAAGUUUAUCCUUAAAUCAUGUUUCGCAAGAUGUGAUGGAUUGUAAAAGUCAAAUGAGUUGAAGGGAUAACUCCUCUUUAUCGCUCUCUACUGAAACCAGACACUUUCACCUCCUCAAACCACUCAAAGAGCAAACAGGAGUCCAGUUAGGGUUUACACAGCAGUUUCAGUCUACUUCUCAUGCAGGAGAAGUUUCUUCCUGGGUCAUAAGAGGGAACACAUGCAGCGAAAGUGAGCUUCAAAGGGGUUCAUUGGAGGAUUUAAUUGCUUUUGGAUGGAGCCGGUUUCCUGUUUCAAGACGUAAUGCCAGAUCAAGCUGGCUUUUGUGCCACUUCAGCCACACACACAUUGAGUUGUAACAUACGUCACAUUUUUCGUACAAGGAUGUGAAUGGUUUAUUUUUUCCAAGAUCAUGCUAUUUUAAAAGGUUUUCCUGGAAACAAAGGAGUCAAGCGGUCAAAAAUAUACUCAACUGAGAGGAGCAUACAGUACAUCUGAUUCUUUUUUUAAACAGGUAUUGUCCUUAUAUUCUUUUCCUAUAAAUUAGGUAAGAUUGGAGAUUGGAAAAACAUGUUCACAGAGGAGCAGAAUCAAUAUUUCAACAACAUCUUCCAGUCCAAGAUGCGGGAUUGCGCAUUAGAGCCUGUGUGGGAGGAGCAAAAUGAAGAGCAGAGAAACUCUAAUGAACAAGCAACAACAGAUGACAUGUGAAUGUCAAAAAUGUGCUAAAUAAAGAUAUGGAGCAGCUUAUGACACAGGUCAAACAUGGAUGUUUAAAGCGUUGUACAUAUUUAUUUUACCAUGCACCGAAUUCCCUCCUGUAUUUAAAUGUUGGUAAGCUCAGCUAGAUGUUACACUUUAGUGUUGUUCCAGUUGUUUUGAACACAUCUUAGGUACAUUGCAUUUUUUUCUAUUAAUAAGUUAACUGUGCACAUGAUUUAAUCAGUUGUUUGUAGAAAUAAAUUAUUAAACUAAAUCCUCUCUGGCUGA